AUGCUGGUGAUGAGCAAUGCGAAUUGCUAUGACAAUUGGAGUCGAUGCACACCUGAAACAGCUUUUGCUACAGGCAUUUUAUGGAAAGAUUGCCCGGAGUACUGCCAGAAAUGUAAUGGGAAAUCGACAGGGAAAUGCGAGAAAGUUUACAAUAAAGAAUGCUCGGGUGGAUAUCAAUGCAAAUGCUCUGGAAAGGAUAUUGGAAAAUCAGAUAACUGGCUCGACAAGGCCACUUGUGCUCUCGGAUUG